GACACCAUAGCAGGAAUAAAUAAUGUGAAGAUGUUUGGAAGUGGCUCUAAGAGGUGGUUUAAAAAGAAAAGACAACGGACUAAAGGAAGAAAACCAGUCAACAGAAGGAAGAAAAAGUGGGUUGCCAAGGUUCUGAAACAGCACAGAGAGAUGAUACUGAAGGAAGUAGAUGUCAAUACGGUGCUGCCAUACUUGGUGUGUAACAAAGUCUUUUCUCUUGGGGAAUGCAAAGAGAUACUGGGCCAGGACUCCAGCAAGAAACGAGCCGAGCUCUUCCUGGACAAACUGUCUCAGAAGGGCCCGAGUGCAUUCAACACCUUCUGUUCUCUGCUAGAGGAAGUGUGCCCUCACUUGCUUACCUGUUUCCUGUUGGAUUGUGAAGAUGGCUCAGCUGGAGGAAACAAGAAGCAAGGACAAACUAAUCCAACACACAGCCAAGAGAAUGCUCUGUCCAAGGGACAAGACACUGUUUGUUUUCUACCUAUGUACACAGACCCACUUUUUGACACGAGGGUCUUCCCCAAACACGACAAAGACAAAUACGGGCCUGCAGUUUACUAUCCUAAGAUCCACGGCUUCAUUCCCACCCCAGAACUCUCUCUGUUGGAUGAAUCGGAGGGAUCGGUGCACGGCAAACCAUCCCUGCGCAGAAUUAAGGGCCGAAUCCACCGCAGCAAAAGUCUGGACAGCACAGACCUGCUGGACUCAAACAGUGCAGCAAUGGAGGAAACCGUAAUAUGGGAACAGCACACUGUAACUCUACACAGGGCACCAGGGUUUGGCUUUGGGAUCGCUAUCUCAGGUGGCAGGGACAACCCUCACUUUCAGAGCGGGGAAACAUCCAUUGUCAUAUCUGAUGUGCUGAAGGGAGGCCCAGCUGAGGGCUUGCUGCAGGAGAAUGACAGAGUGGUGAUGGUCAAUGCUGUCUCCAUGGAUAACGUGGAUCACGCAUAUGCAGUGCAGCAGCUACGGAAAAGUGGGAAGAAUGCAAAAAUAACCAUCAGGAGAAAAAAGAAGGUUCAGAUCCCAAUGGGCCGUCUGGGCGAGCGCGAGACCAUGUCUGAGCACGACGAGGAUGAUGACAGCUACGAGGAUGAGAUCUACGAGUCACGGAGUGCACGGAGUGGGCCCAGUGCAUACAGCGGGGGCGGAGCCACAGGCCGGAGGAGUGGCAGGGGCGACCGGCUGGGUGGGAGGAGGGACCGGGACAGAGAACGCAGUGGCUCCAGAGAGAGAAGUCUGUCACCACGCUCGGACCGCCACUCUGUGUCCUCCAACCUGCCCCCACGCCCAGCCAAGGUCACCCUUAUCAAGUCCCGCAAAAAUGAAGCAGAAUACGGGCUUCGCCUGGCCAGCCACAUCUUUGUUAAGGACAUUUCCCCUGAGAGCCUGGCAGCCCGAGACGGAAACAUACAGGAGGGAGACGUAGUUCUCAAGAUUAAUGGCACGGUGACGGAGAACCUGUCCCUGAUCGAUGCUAAGAAGCUGAUCGAGAGGUCAAAGGGCAAGCUCAAGAUGGUGGUGCAGAGGGAUGAGAGGGCGACUCUGCUCAAUAUCCCCGACAUGGACGACAGCAUACCCUCAGCCAACGCUUCUGAUAGAGAUGAUAUUUCAGACAUCCACUCCGUGGCCUCCGAUCAUUCCAACCGAUCCCACGACCGGAAGAGGACCAGUCGAUCACGUUCUCCAGACCGUCACUCCGAGCCCUCAGACCACUCCAGACACUCUCCGCCACAGAUCAGCAAUGGCAGGGCCGCAGGGCUGCCAUCUCAGAGAACCCGCCCAGUUCACAGGAGUCGUGAGGAGGAGAGGAUCUCGAAGGCGGGGCCGCUCCCCCUACCUGCUAAAAUGGUGGAGGAAUCACCGAAAGAGCAGACAACUGUCAGAGAAGAGAAACAGCUCCCCCCUCUGCCAGAGCCCAAGCCAGUAUACGCCCAACCCGGCCAGCCUGAUGUGGACCUGCCCGUCAGUCCGGCAGACGCCCCUGUGCCCAGCGUCACCCAUGACGACAGCAUCUUACGGCCGAGCAUGAAACUGGUGAAGUUUAAGAAGGGCGAGAGUGUUGGGUUGAGACUCGCGGGUGGUAAUGAUGUUGGGAUAUUCGUGGCAGGUGUUCUGGAAGACAGUCCUGCUGCUAAAGAGGGUCUAGAAGAGGGAGACCAGAUUCUCAGGGUAAACAAUGUGGACUUUGCAAACAUCAUCCGCGAAGAGGCAGUGCUGUUUCUGCUGGACCUGCCCAAAGGAGAGGAGGUCACCAUACUGGCUCAGAAGAAGAAAGAUGUAUACCGUCGCAUUGUUGAGUCCGACGUGGGCGACUCAUUCUACAUCAGGACCCACUUUGAAUACGAGAAGGAGUCGCCCUAUGGGUUGAGCUUCAAUAAGGGCGAGGUUUUCCGAGUGGUCGAUACCCUUUACAACGGCAAGCUGGGCUCCUGGCUCGCCAUCCGCAUCGGCAAGAACCACCAGGAAGUGGAGCGGGGCAUCAUCCCCAAUAAGAACCGGGCUGAGCAGCUGUCAAGUGUACAGUACACUCUCCCAAAGACCCCAGGAGGAGAUCGGGCGGAUUUCUGGAGGUUCCGUGGCCUGAGGAGCUCCAAACGCAACCUGAGGAAGAGCAGAGAGGAUCUGUCAGCUCAGCCCGUCCAAACCAAGUUUCCUGCUUAUGAGAGAGUGGUGCUUAGAGAAGCUGGUUUCCUGAGACCUGUGGUCAUUUUCGGACCCAUCGCGGACGUUGCAAGAGAGAAAAUAGCCAGAGAGGAGCCCAACCUCUUUGAACUUGCGAAGAGUGAACCUAGAGAUGCUGGCACAGACCAGCGGAGUUCUGGAAUCAUCCGUCUUCAUACCAUUAAACAGAUCAUUGACCGAGACAAACAUGCAGUGCUGGACAUCACCCCUAACGCAGUGGAUCGGCUGAACUACGCUCAGUGGUAUCCCAUCGUGGUGUUCCUGAAUCCGGACAGCAAACAGGGCGUGAAGAACAUGAGGACCAGACUCUGUCCUGAGUCCAGGAAGAGUGCCAGAAAGCUGUAUGAGCGUGCUCUCAAACUGAGGAAGAACAACCAUCACCUCUUCACCACCACCAUUAACUUGAACAACAUGAAUGAUGGCUGGUACGGCGCUUUGAAAGAGACCAUCCAGCAGCAGCAGAAUCAGUUGGUGUGGGUCUCGGAGGGCAAGGCAGACGGCGCUCCUGACAAUGACCUUGACAUCCACGACGACCGCCUCUCCUACCUCUCGGCGCCGGGCAGCGAGUACAGCAUGUACAGCACCGACAGCCGCCACACUUCCGACUACGAGGACACGGAUACGGAAGGCGGGGCCUACACCGACCAGGAGCUGGAUGAGACCAUGAACGAUGAGGUGGGCCUUCCCACCGAGCCGGCCAUCACGCGCUCAUCCGAGCCUGUGCGAGAGGACCCGCCCGUCAUCCAGGACGCACCCGGGUACCCAAGCUUCCAGCAUGCCAUGCCACAACCAGAGUCAGUUAACCGCAUCGAUCCGGCUGGGUUUAAGAUGGCAGCGCCUCAGCAGCAAACCGAGGCCACGCUGGCCUCUACACCCCCUCCCUCUACAGUGGCAGCAGUGCCCCCUGCUGUCGAACCCGCUGCAGCACUAGCGGGUACGAACCCAGAGGAGCCGCCUGGCACCCCUCAGGCCAUCUCCUUUAACAGCCCUGCCCCCGUUCACGACCCCCAGCCCGAACCCGAGCUCACUCAACCCCCAUCACACGAACCCCACCAGUCGCUUCCUCCUGGCCCAGAUCCAAAGAUGUAUAAAAAGGAUCUAUACAGCAUGGAUGAGACAGUCCGAGUGAACCACGGCAUGAAGCCCCCCCCUCCCCAGCAGCAGCCUUUAGGCCCCCCCACCUCUCUAUCCUACAGCCACCAGCCUGUCUACCAGGACCAACAGCCAUACCGCCAGUACGACCACCCGCCUUGCGGCUAUGCCGGUGGUGGCUACGCACAACCAAAGCCUCACAACUAUGACCCGCACCUGCACUACGACAACCGUGUGCCUCACUACAACGAGCAGUGGCCCCCUUACAGCCAGCAGCAGACUUCACCGCAACCGCCACCUGUGUCCAGCUUCCCUCAGGGUCACCAGCCUCCUCCCCCUCUGGGGUACGAACCCCGCUCUCCGUACGAGGAUGGUCCCACCAGGGAUUUCAGUCCCCCUCAGUCUCACUACGAUGGAGUGCCCCCUAUGGGCUACGACAACCGGGCAAGGCACACUAAACCCGCACCGGUGCGCUAUGACGAGCCGCCGCCUCUGCCCCCUCCUGCAACCUCCUACAAUGCUCGUUCGCCUUUCGAACGUGAGCCACAUAGUUUCCCAGGCAACGCACACCGCUCACCAGAUCCACCAAAGCAGUAUUACAGCGAUGCUGCAAUGAGACCCUCGCACAACCCUGGACCCCCGAACCGGGCCUACAAACCAGCCCAGCAUGAACCCAUGGUGAACUCGGAACCUCCUGUUCCGCCUCCCAAACCAGAUGUGGUCUUGUCUCCAGGGGAACCGGCUCACCCAGCAGCCCCCAAACCUUUGCCACCUCCCCCCAGAGAUGAUGAUGAUGAAGACCCUGCUAUGAAGCCGCAGUCUGUGCUCAACAGGGUCAAGAUGUUUGAGAACAAGCGCUCCGUGUCUGUAGACCGAGCCAAGGACACUGGGGACGUAACGGAAAUCAGGCCAACAGAUAUACCUAAACCUGCGAGCACUCCUGGCCCUGUGCUCAAAGCCAACUCUCUCAGCAACCUGGAGCAGGAGAAACCAUCUUACAGAGCCCCGGAGCCCCAGAAACCUCAGACACGUAUAGGGGAUGACGUGAUCCGCUCCAACCACUAUGAUCCUGAUGAAGAUGAGGAAUACUACAGGAAGCAGCUGUCUUACUUUGACCGCCGCAGUUUUGACAACAAGGCCAUGAGUCAGCCCAACCCUGGAAUAAACCGCUUCCAAGAGCCGCCCAAAGCAUCACAGACCCAGAUAGCAUAUCCUUUUGCCAGGACGGAGUCUGCAGAGAAGGUGAGCCCUGUGGACAGGAGAUACGAGCCUUUGCCACCUGUGAACCCAUCACCUGCUCCAUAUAGCCAGCCCACCCCUGCUGCUCCACCCACAUCCCUGCCCAAAUUCACCAACACAGAGGUGAAUUCAGUGCCAGAUCCUCAAAGUUCGCCCAAAGCCAAACCGGACCUGUCUACUCUCAGAGCUCCCGCUCGGGACGACCCCAUCCAGACCAGCUACCUUCCCCCGAAGUCUUCUGUCAAUGGCACUGAUGCUCCUCCCAAAACACUGAACGUCCCAACUAGCUACAACCGCUAUGUACCCAAGCCCUACACCAGCUCCGCCCGACCUUUUGAGCGCAAGUUCGAGAGCCCCAAAUUCAACCACAACCUGCUUCCUAAUGACACGCAGUCCAAGCCCAGUGUGAACAAUAACCUGAAACCUCAGAUCUCGCCGCAACCCCUGGACACUGACAGCGGGGUGGACACUUUCACACGCACCAUGGAAAACAGGCCCAAAUAUCAGCACAACAACAUUAAUGCCAUUCCCAAGGCCAUACCCAUCAGCCCUAAUGCACUGGAUGACGAUGACGAAGAUGAAGGUCACACUGUGGUCGCCACGGCGCGAGGCAUAUUUAAUUGUAACGGUGGGGUGUUGAGCUCCAUAGAGACCGGAGUCAGCAUCAUCAUUCCUCAAGGAGCCAUCCCAGAUAGUGUGGAGCAAGAGAUCUACUUCAAAGUGUGCAGAGACAACAGCAUUCUGCCCCCUCUGGACAAAGAGAAAGGUGAAACUCUGCUCAGUCCCCUGGUGAUGUGCGGCCCUCACGGUCUGAAGUUCCUGAAGCCGGUGGAACUGCGUCUCCCACACUGUGCGUCUAUGACCCCUGAUGGUUGGUCUUUUGCUCUAAAAUCCUCCGACUCCUCGUCGGGUGACCCCAAAUGCUGGCAAAACAAGUGUCUACCAGGGGACCCCAAUUACCUGGUGGCCGCAAACUGUGUGUCUGUGCUGAUCGACCACUUCUGAAGAGCGCAACAGCUGGUCUGUUACUGAACGUGAACACUUGGACCGAGGACACAAGGAAGACUCCUCCUUCCUUCAUGCCCCCUUCUCCUAGUUCUUCUUCUCAGGGGGAGGGAUUUGCACCACUUUAUGAAGUAUUAUUUUUUUCUUUUGACCGGGCGAAGCGCCCACAGAUAUCUUGGAGGACAAGGAUAACACAGUGCUAUGGAGCUUUUCCUUUUAUUUCCCAUUUGUUUUUGCCUUUUUCUUUACCUUUUGGUGCUUGAAGACUUGCAAAAAAUUAUCUUCAAUAAAUUAAUUAAUGAAGAUAUCUAACUGUUAACGGAAUGCAUGACCUGUGCCACAGACAGUCUGAAAAAUGAUCCCAUUUUUGACAUUUGUAGCCUCUUUUUCUCCAAAUAAUUAGAGAAGUCUUGAGGGGAACCGGAAAAAGUAAACGAAAAAUGUAGUAAUUAGUUUCUAAGUAUUGAAGUGAACCCUACUAUUGUGCUCACAAACAGAAAAGUGGAUGUAUGUUGAACUUUUAUUGUUUGUGAAGUCCACGGUCAUGUGGUUUUUGUGGAACGCCGUAACAGAUCUUUGUGGAUCUGGAAAAAAAUAUGCAUGUUGAGUCUGGGAAAUUAAGAACAAUUGUGACGUUUUGAUGUGAAGGACUGCUUCUUGAAGGAAUAUGUCCAUUGCACUCACUUGCUGUUGGAUUUCACUUUCUGGCAAAAAAAAUGGGCUGUUUCUCUACGUUUCGAAGCGAUCUUUUCUAGCGAUGUUUUACCGUAGAUAACGUAACUGACUGUGGUUUUCCGAAACUCCUGCUGUUUAGAGAUCUAUGCAUGUGCUAAGACUCAGGUCCAAAUGCCUGCUAAUAAGUUGAGUACACAAACCUACCCAUCGUACACUGCAAGCAGUGAUGCCUUAUGUGCAUUGUUUUUUUGGGGGUUUUUUCUCUCUCGUUAUUUUGACCCGAAAGACUAGCAAGCGUCAAUUUUUCUGUUACAUGAAGGAUCCGAAAUUCUCGCACCAUAAUGAAGUCGGUUAACUAGAAUAUUUAGCACACUAAUAAUUAAGUCUGAUCAAGAGGUCUGCUUUAUUUAACUUAUUUCACUGCUAUGCAUACCAAGUCAAAGAAUAUACAAGAACACUAGGAUAUGUUUCAAUUACAGCUGUAUAUAUAGUGCUAGCAUAUGGCCUUGGUUCGCUGUAAAUGACCUUUUGUAAAUCUUUGUUAUUUUGUAUAAAAACGUAAGGUUAAAAAAAAAAAAAGUUUCUUAAAAAAGGGAAAGCUAUAACGUUGUUAUGUUUGUAUUCCGGUUAUACUUCUGAGCCUUGGAAUUUCACUUAGCAGUACGGAGGAAAUUUAAACGAAAAAAAAAAAAAAACGGUUAAAUUAAAAAUGGAGCUUAUCUUUUAUAUCAACAUACAUAUAUACAAACACUACAUGAUGGCAUUUUUAACAGUUACAAAAACAUUUUUAUUCUUAUUUACAAACUAGAAAAGUGCUCGGUUUAAAUUAUUUAACAACUCUGUACUUAAGGGUCCGCUUUGGUGAGUGGACCUUGACUUUAUUUGUGAUACUGGAUGCUGUAUUGUGUGCCCUGAAAUGUAUUUUUGUACCAAUAGACAGUUUAUUAAGGCACAUCAGUACGACUUCGUUUUGAUAUAACACAGCUUCAACCCAGUUUUUGUUUCUUUUCUUUUUGUGAUUUGACAUUAUUUUAUUUUAUUUUUCUUUGCAGCACAUUUCUAAGUAUACAACUGUAUUAAUAAAUACAUUUUUAAAGUAAAAA